AUGGGAUUGGGAGAAGCAAAACCAGUAAACACGCUUCUUGAACAGAAUCAGAAGCUCACCUCAGUAGAAUAUGAUGAAUCUGCCCAAAUAAAGACUGAUGGAGAUGAAGUAAUUAGUAAUGUUACAGUAUAUCAGCGGCUCCUGGGCAGAUUACUAUAUCUAACCAAUACACGACCUGACAUUAUGUUUGCGGUUCAACAUUUAAGCCAGUUCAUGCAUAAACCAAAGAAAUCCCACUUGGAGACUGCUUUUCGGGUGGUUCGUUACAUAAAAAAGAAUCCUGGACAAGGCAUUUUGUUAUCUGCUAAUAGUAAACUACAGUCUGUCACUGGAUUUUGUGUUAAAAUCAGAGAUUCACUUGUUUCAUGGAAAUCAAAGAAACAGACAAUGGUUUUUCGAUCAUCAGCAGAGGCUGAAUAUAGAAGCAUGGCAGCAGCAGUAGCAGAGACUGUAUGGAUGAGUGGUCUACUAAAAGAGAUUUGUCCUACUCAGCUUGACAAGUCUAUUCUUCUUUCAGAUAGUCGGGCAGCAUUGCAAAUUGAGCAAAUCCUGUCUUUCAUGAACGCACCAAGCAUAUAG